GCAGCUUGAAGAAGAGGAGGCACGGAACCUCGAGCAGCGUCGGCGGCGGCGGCCGGACCGUUCGCCAUGUCGUCGGGCGAAGACGAUGGCGACGCGGCGAUACUGCAGCUGCUGCAGACGGCCUGGGACAGCGCCCUGUUCGCCGUGCGCACCGCGGCCGUCGUGUUCGCGCUGACGUUCUUGGCGUGGCUGUACUGCCGGUUGAGCCAUCGCCGGUGCAAGUGCGCCUCCCGACUCGAGGGCAAGACGGUCCUGGUGACCGGCGGCAGCGCGGGCAUCGGCUACGAGACGGCCAAGGCGCUCGCUUCGCGAGGGGCGCGCGUCAUCUUCACCUGCCGCAACAUGCAGGUGGGCCGGCAGGCGCUCGACGCCAUGAUCGAGGCGAGCGGCGGCGGCGACGUGGUGCUCAAGCAGCUCGACCUCUGCUCGCUGGCCUCCGUGCGGCGCCUGGCGAGCGACAUCCUGGAGACCGAGCCCCGGCUCGAUCUGCUCGUCAACAACGCGGGCCGCUCGGCUCCGCCGCAGCGAACGCUCACCAUCGACGGCUUCGAGACGACCAUACAGAGCAACCACUUGGGCCACGCGCUGCUCACGGGGUUGCUGCUGGACCUGCUGCGGCGCUCGGCUCCGUCGCGCGUCGUCGUCGUCUCGUCCAUGGUGCACGCGUGGGCGCAGCUGGAUCCGGACGACCCGUUCCUCGAGCGCCACUACACGCCGAGCCGCGCGUACGGCCUCUCCAAGCUGUACAACGUCUACUUCGCCCGCGAGCUGGCCGACAAGCUACGCGGCCAGCAGGUCACCGUCAACGCCCUCCAUCCGGGCCUGGUCAAGUCGCGCUUCUUCCGCGAGCCGCCCACUACGUACUGCGCCAAAUUCCUGCGACACGUCGUCAUACCGCUGUUCGGAAAGUCGCCUUCGGAGGGUGCCCAGACAAGCAUCCACCUGUGCCUGUCACCCGAGCUUGCGCACACGACGGGCCGCUACUUCAUGGAGUGCCGCGAUGCUAGGCCAGCCGCGCACGCCCUGGACCCGGUGCUCCAGCGGCAGGCCUGGGAGAUCACCGAGCAGGCUCUCAACGUGCGCCUCUGCAACUGAACGGGCGCCAUGUCGCAGCAGGAGCGCCUUGCCAGCUGCUGCUAGCUGUUGCGGAAUUACAA